AUGGCGUAUGCAGUGAGGCGACUAGUCAAGGGGCUGGCUUCUACAGGGUCCGCUGCACGGCUGGGCUUCCCCACAGCACUGACGACAUUGCUGCUGCAGUGCGAUUGCAUGACAGCAGCUGAUGUGUUGAACCUGAUGGAAGUCGAGCUGAAAGCUUCUGGUGGGAUGAAGGGAGAGGAGAUCAGGGACGUGCUUAUUGGGCGGAUCCUUGGCUGCGCUGCUCUCAAACGAAGUGGCAAGCUUCAGGAUGUGGGCCUUGUGGCAAGAUGUAUUGAUAUGCUGGUGCAAGUUCAGCACAGCAAGACGAUCCUUGCUGAGGCCUGUGCCAAUGUGGUGUUGGAGGCAAUGGAGGGGUUGAGCGAACUCGAAGUCUCCAAAGUGGUUGCAAAGUGCAAGGGCCUGAGGGACUGGUUGACGACAGAUUCUCUGACACCGGAGGUUAUUCUGUUGGCGGUUCGACUGUGGGGGGCGCUUCCCGAGGAAGUGUUGAGUGCAUGUUCUGCCCUGCCAAGUCUGGAAGUUGCACCUCCAUUGCAUUGGAUGCAGUGCAAAGGAAGCCAAAGACCAGAGGCUGUCUCAUCGGCAGCAGCUGCCUUCUUCACAGGCAGCCAUCUGCAGCAGAUCCUGGAACCGCUCAAAAAGGCGUCUGAGUCGCAUCCAAAUGUGCACUCUGUGAUGCACACACUGCUGCAGCUCCUGAUACCUGGCUUCCAGCACAACUCAGCUGGUACUGACACACCGAGCCCUUGCGGACCAGGCCCUGGCCAACUGGAGGCGUUUUGGCGUGUAGUGGUCACUGGGGGCCUCCUGAGCUCGGGACACGAGCCAAGGUACCUCGCCUUCCAGUUCUUCCGGAUGGUGGUCCCCUACCUCAGCCAGGAUCAGGUUCUGAUUGUGUUCAACAACAAGCUGCUGACAUGCCUGUUCAACAAUCUGAAGAGAGAGGAUGCGUAUCUGCACGGUGCAGCGAAGCUGUGCAUCAGGGACCUGGAAAAGAGCAUGAAGACUGCCAGCGCCGAGGUUCAGGCCCUGGUGGUGCAUACAAUGCACAACAAGGCCCAGGGGCCCAUGCAGAAAGUUGUGCGUAAUCUUGAGCAGAGUUUCCUGGAAGGGGGCAACCAGGGGUGCCUCACUAGGCCCAUGAUGGCGGCUUUCCUAAAGGCACCAAAUGGAGCGACCAAAGCAGGGAAAUCCAAGCACACCGGGGUGGAAAAUGGGGGUACCAAGAGUGCUGUCGGUGCUGGGCGAGCUAUCAGUAGGAAAGAGAUCAUCAGCGAGUGUCUGAGUUCCUGGGCAAUCCGGAAACUGCCGUUUGAUGACAGGAAGGACGUUGUGAAGUUCUUGGCUGCACAUGCUCUCUUUUCUGUGGCUCAGGGAGCCAAGUGCAAGAUCCCUGAGCUUGUGGGGGUCCAGGCAUGCUUGCCGCCUUUGUCGGAUGAUGUUCGGGAGCUGUGCAUGUGCCAGUUGAUCGAGGCCAUGAACUCUUCUCAGUACGUGCAGGAGGAGGCCCUGCUGUUCUUUGUCUGCAGUUAUGUAACUCAAUGCCUUGCGGUCAAAGGCAUAGAGCUUGCUAAACCACUGCCGCAGCGCCACCAGAAUUGUUUGCAGCUGCUGGACCAGCUGGAGGAUUAUCUGCAUGGCGUGAUUGAAGAAGAACCUGUUUCUGUGGGGGAUGUCGGGGGAGCCACAGAGCACGUGGGGCCUCAGGCCCUGUCACUGCUGUUGGACGUUGUCCGCGUGCUGAAGCUGUAUUUGAUGGGAGCCAGCCAGUCGGUUGAUCCUGAUCUGGGCACGGAGCUCGGUCGUGUCGUGUCUGGUGCUGUUGGGGGCUCAGGAGAUGCGAUCGAAGUGAAGGGAGUUGAUGUCACGCCCAUGAGUGGAUCCGAAGGUGAGGCGGGAGAAUCUUCUGAGGAUGGGUCAUCCCAGGGGCCCGAUGGGGAAUCUGUUGAUGGCGAUGGGGCCAGCGGCGACGACGCUGGACUGCCUGCAGGGCAGCCCCAUUGGAUGGAUGUCCUGGUGGAUGUACUGCUCACAAUUCUGGCAAGGGGCACAAACCCCCUGCCACCAGCCCUCUUGAGGAAAACCGCCAUGAAGCUGUUUGAGCACCUGUGCUCACGCCUCACUGUGACUGGGUGGAUGGACAUUGUGUCUGUGGUCGGGCAGACUCUAAAGCAGGCAUCCAACAACGUUGUGGAGGUUGAACGAGAGAGCGAUGAAUCAGGGGACAGCCCGUCUGAGGACAGUGGGUCGGAGGAUGAGGAAUCUGAUGAGAUUGAAGAUGAUGGCAGCGAUGAUGCGGAGGAAAACGAGAGUGAAGGGAGCAAGGGUACAGAUGGCACAGACGGCGCUACUGUAGAAAAAGAAGGAAAUGGGGAAGGAAGAGAACAGGAGCAAGGCGAGAGUGGCAGUGACAUGGACGACACUGCCAUGUUUAAGAUGGACAGUGCUAUUGCGGGAGUGUUGAGGAGCGUGAAGGACCGUCAGCGGGAGAAGAGCGACAGCCUGCAGGAGGUCAUCGGUUUCAAUCUGCGCGUGCUAUCACUGAUAAAGACCUUUGCGAGGCGGCAUGCCAACAGUCCCCUUCCAUCGCUGGCACUGUACCCGUUGAUGAAAGUCCACUGCUCCAUGGGUCAGGACGGGGGCCUUGCUGAUGUGCAGAGGCGCGCAGGAGAGGUCGCUGGCGUCAUAUCCAAGAGCUGCAACCCGGACUGGAGUGAGGAGACCCUGUCGAUAAGUAAAUCUCAUGGCCAGAAGUGCCUGGGCCUUGCACUCAGGAUGCCAAAUGAGGCGAUGCGCAAAAGAGCCAUUGGUGUGGUGAGGUGGUUUCUUCGCAAGUGGUGGAACAGGGCAGAGGCGCUGGGUGGCAGGGACGCAGGGUGCGAGCUCUUGAAGUUAGCCAUCAAGGAGUAUUUCACUGUGCCUGCUUGCCGGCUCAGGUGCACUGAGGUCGUGGAGAUCUUGCGGGAGUUGCCGGGUCAGUUGCCGAUCGUGGUUCAAGGGCUGCUGGGAGCAGUGCGGGAAGCAAGGAAUAGCUAUCGACAGGUGCAAGCGCUGGAGGUGCUGCUGGCCUGCAUGCACGUUGCCAAAUCCGAGCGGGUCGCUGCGGCAAAGCGCCUAAACGCCGCCCUCAGCGACCUGGGACCUCUGUUGAUCUUCUUGUCGGAAAUGCCCUUUGGCAAGAAACAGCGAAAUGCCGCCGCCCUGAAUCACGUCGAGACGCUGCUCAAGUCACGACUGCGGUACCUGUACCCGCAAAGAGAACCUUCAACUUUCCUUGGGUCAGUUUCAAAAGAGGCGGUCUUGGAUGCGAUCGGGGGCGCGUUGGAAAAGGAGGCGCCACCAUCAGUGCAGGAGCCAUUGCAAGGCUUGAAGGCCCUGUUGUCUUGA